AUGACGACCGCGUCCCCCGUGGCUGCUCUCCUCGAGAAGCUGCCGGUUCCAACCGUGGACCGGCCGUUCGGCAUCCAUCUCUGGCCCAUCUUCAGCAAGGCCUUCGAGUACGUCGUUGGCUACUCGGCCGAUGAGUUCACGUUCCAGCCGGGCUCGACACCCAUGUCGACGCUGAAGGAGACGAGCAUCUUCAUCGUCAUCUACUACACUAUCAUCUUUGGCGGCCGGGAGCUUAUGCGGAACCGCGAGCCGUUCAAGCUGCGCACCCUCUUUUUGAUCCACAACUUCUAUCUCACCGCCAUUAGCGCUAUCCUGCUCGCCCUUUUCAUCGAGCAGAUUCUGCCUACCGUCGUCCGCCAUGGAAUCUUCCACGCCAUCUGCGCCAUUGAGGGUGGUUGGACUCAGCCCCUGGUCGUGCUUUACUACUUGAACUACCUCACCAAGUACCUUGAGCUUCUGGAUACCUGCUUCCUCUUCCUCAAGAAGAAGCCCUUGACCUUCCUCCACUGCUACCACCACGGCGCGACGGCUCUCCUGUGCUACACGCAACUUAUUGGGUCGACGUCGGUCUCAUGGGUUGUCAUCUCGCUGAACCUGAUGGUGCACGUGGUCAUGUACUGGUACUACUUCCAGAGCGCCCGCGGCAUCAAGAUCUGGUGGAAGGAGUGGAUCACCCGUCUCCAGAUCAUCCAAUUCGUCAUCGAUCUCGGUUUCGUGUACUUUGCGUCCUGGACCUACUUCACCUCGACCUACUUCCAGUGGCUUCCCAAUGCUGGCAAGUGCGCCGGCGAAGAGUUUGCUGCAUUCUCAGGCAUCGCUAUUAUCAGCUCCUACCUCUUGCUCUUCAUCUCGUUCUACCUCGCCACCUACAAGAAGGACGGCAAGCGGCCCAGCGGGCGCAAGGCCGUGCGGAGGAUGAGCCAGGCCCCGCUGCCGGACCCGAUCCACGGCUCGGCCGCGAAUGCCAACAGCUACGGCAACGGCGACGCCAAGUCUACCGGUGUUAAGACUAACGGGACUGCCACCCGUUCAAGGAGGGCUUAA